AUGGACCACCGCAAGCUCUCAAACAUCCUCGCGCUAUACCUCUUAAUAAGUCCGUUUCUCCUUGCUGUUGCACUAGAGGAUUUCACCCCUCAUGUUGGCCAAAGCCAGGAUGACAAUGCGCUCAAAGUUGAAGAUAUGGAUGAGAUAGAAGGCGAUGAUAUUUCUACGUGGGAAAGCUUAACAAUUGCCUUAAAGAGCUUGAUCUUGGAGGGAAAAAAUGCACCUCAAAAUUAUGCGGGUUGA